UUUACGCUCACUCGCACUUCGGAGGUAGGUUAGGUUAGAGCAAAAGGCGACCGAGUCAACUCGUCGUUCCCAGCGCUUCCACCCGCUCUGCAGAUUGGUUUCUCAGUUCUUCUCCCUCCAUAUCUUCAAAACCUUAACGUUUUCUUUUCCCUGAAUUCUAUCCUCGAUUGCCUCUCACUCUCGAGAUAAGAAAAAGGCCAUAGCUUUUCUCAAUUCAAUCACAGAACUAGGAAAAUCGCAUGAACAAGUUCCCCACAUCAUCGCAAAAUGUCACACUCAGUCUUCCAAGCUGCUCAAUUGAGGCCCGUAUACACUCCAAGAACCUCCACUCCCAAGAAAUUAUCAUCACAAAAGCAGUUAUUGCACCCUGGCGGUGCACUUCGCCGUCCGAAACUGCUGCGUGCAAUGGCCGGGAAGGUAAAGAAAUCGUAUACUAAGGCAUCGUCGCCCGUGGUAGACGGGAAUUCUGUUUUAGGUCUAGAACGGUGCUUUCAGGCUUCACCGCCGGCGGAUUCGCCUGAUUGCUUAUCUUCAACUUCAUCGGCGCCGUCUACUGUUAUGUACGCACCAGUUAUGAAGGGAGGAGGAAAGUAUGGGUCAAUAGGCGCGGUUACUUUGGAGAAACCAAAACUAGAUUUGAGCCAGAAACAAAAGGAGAUUAGUCCCGAGCUUGCAACGGGAGGCGGAGGGGGAGACAUUGGAAAAAUCAUUUUUCACGGGGGUGGUGAUGGAGGUGACGACGACGGUGAUGAUGACGAUUACAUGGAUGACUUUGAUGAUGACAAUGAUGGAGAUGAUGGUGGGUUGUUCAGAAAGCGCAUGAUUUUUCCAGAGAUAUUUGACCGCAAAUUUGUUGAUGCGAUCUUGAAUGAGUGGCAGAAGACAAUAAUGGAUUUACCAGCUGGAUUUAGACAAGCAUAUGAGAUGGGUCUGGUGAGCUCUGCACAAAUGGUGAGAUUUUUGGCUAUAAAUGCCAGACCUACAACUGCCAGGUUCAUUUCUCGGUCAAUUCCUCACGGACUCUCUAGGGGUUUUAUUGGCAGGAUGAUUGCAGACCCAUCAUUUUUGUACAAGCUUCUUCUUGAGCAAGCAGCCACAAUUGGAUGCUCAGUUUGGCAUGAAGUUAAAAAUCGCAAGGAGAGGAUAAAGGAGGAGUGGGAUCUUGCUCUGGUUAAUGUGCUCACAGUAACUGCUUGUAAUGCUAUUGCGAUUUGGUCUCUCGCUCCUUGUCGUUCGUAUGGAAACACUUUUCGCUAUGAUCUUCAAAAUACAUUGCAGAAGCUCCCGAACAAUAUAUUUGAAAAGAGCUAUCCGCUAAGAGAAUUUGAUAUGCAGAAGAGGUUUCAGUCAUUCUUCUACAAGGUUGCUGAGUUUUGUAUGAUUGGGGUUACCAUGGGAGCUGCUCAAGGUGCUAUAUCAAAUUUUGUUGCCAGUAAGAAAAAGGGAAGGUUAUCAGUGAGUAUCCCAUCAGUGAGAAACAAUGCACUUGGUUAUGGAACAUUUCUAGGCCUAUAUGCAAAUCUGCGGUAUCAGCUGUUAUGUGGCUUUGACCAAUCAAUGGUGAAUUACUUUGAUGUUAUUGGAGUUCCUCUAUUUUUAAGCACUGCCUUGAGGGUAAUGAAUGUGCAAGUGGGUGAGAUGUCAAGGCUGGCAUGGCUUGGAGUGGAGGCAGAUCAACUGGCCGCAGCCCAUUCAGAUGACAGCGUCCACCAGAAAGCUGCUGCUUACAAUAGACAAUCGGAACGUAUUAUUGAUCACCAUCCAUCCUCUUCUUCAUCUUCUUCAUCCAAGUGGUUUAUAUCCAAGAAUGCCAUUGUAUCCGGGCUUGGGCUGCUCGGGAUAAAACAGGCCCAAACUGAUGGUGAGACAUCAACACCUCCUCCCAAAGUUAGGAGAAAAAGAGUUGUCAGGAAAAAGGUGGCAUCAUAGUUUGAUACAGAUCAGCAAUCAAUUAGUAUUGACUAUUGAGUUUUGCACUUUUGACUGGAAUGACUGGUUUGUAUCUCUUUCUAUGGCGGCGAUUCAUGCACACACCUGAGCUUGGAAGAUUUGUUUAGGACUUUGAGAAAUGAUACUACACAUGACCAACCACGGAAAUGGUAUGCUGUGGAAGAGGGCCCCCCCAUGCUAACUUGUAUUAUGGAUUUAUUUGUGAUACUAUUCUAAUAAAGAGAAGUGUGCAGGACUUGUGAUUGUUGGAUCUCUUUUCUUCUGACGGGAAGAAAUAUAUUUUUGGUUGCAUUACAAACAUUUACGUUUAUCGUAGCUAUACCUUAUUUCUUC